AUGGUGCUCGCUGGUCUGCGGCUCGACUCUGCCCCCUGCGCCUCCGACAAUGCCGAGGCCGUUCCCCCGAAGUUGGUCAGCGACUCCGCGGGCAUGGCGGGCAGUGUGGCCGAGUGCUGGGGCAAGGUCUUCGAGCGCGCGCCGACCGAGGGGCAGAAGCUGCGGCUCAACCAGUUCCUCGACCGCUUCGCCCCGCAACGCCCUGUGGUGGAGCUACCGCGGCCGUCGCUGCACGCGCUGGAGCGUGCUGCUGCGCGGGCGCCGCCCAGCGCCCAUGGGCCUGACCAGCUGCCCUGCGCCGCGUGGCGGCGCAGUCCUGACGUCCUGCGUCACCUUCAUGCCCUGAUGGAACAGUUCUUCAACGAGGGCGUUGGGCCCCACGACCUCAACUGGUCGAUCUUCCUCUGCGUGCCGAGGGAAACUGAGACCGAGGACACCCCCGACACGUGCACUCGAACUGCCUCGACGGUCUGCGCGCUCUCCCUCAAGAAUGCUGACGCCAAGCUCAUUGCCUCCUGCGCGGAUCGCGCUCUCCAGUCCAUCGCCUCCGCUGCGACCGAUGCGUUGCAGAAGGGCUUCGCUGCUGGGCGGCGAUUCGUGGGCCGCGUCCCGUUUCUGGACGCGGAGUGCCACCGCGAGGGUUUCCUCCCCGGGGCUGCUCAGCGUCGACCGAUGUUGCUCUCCUACGACUCCCGCCAGGCUUUCCCGCCCCUCUUCCGUGACGUGAUCGACAUGGUGCUGCCGCGGUACGGCGUCCCGAAUGGCUUCCGCAACGUGGUCUCGGCGCUGUGCUGCAACUGCCUCUUCGGGCUCCAGUGUGGCAUCAUGCAGGGGUGCCCUCUCUCUGGCACGGUCUGGUGCUUGGGCAUGGGCGCCCCGAUCCGCGCGCUGAUCGAGGCGCUGGGGGGCCCUCCUGAGGGCUGCCUCACGGCGUGCGCGGAUGACCUGGGCAUGCUCAUCCGCAACGCCAGGGUCCCCCCGUCCAUGGCCUCGUCCAUCGGUGACAUCGAAUUCGCCUUCAACUUGCAGCUGGCGAUCCACAAGUUUGCGCUGGUCCCGCGCUGGGCCGAGGUCACCCCCAGCCUGAUCAGCGACACCAGCGAGUACCUGGCCGUGCUGGCCCCGCGGUGGAGUGGCUCCCGCAUCGACUCCUGUGCCAAAUACUUGGGCACGCGCAUUGGCCCAGGCAUCUCGGAGCAGGGCAUCUGGAAGGAAGCGGCGGCGAAGUGGUGGCCCCGUGCUGCGGAGCUGAGUCGCGCGGGAAUGGCGACCAGCCUUGCCGCCAUCGCUUACAACGUGAAUGUGCUCCCCUGCCUCUCCUACCUGGCCCAGUUCUUCUUCCUCGUCCCCGAGAUCUGGCGGGUCGAGUUCACGCUGCUCCACCGCCUCCUGCUUUUCCCGCCCUCGUCCAUGCGCAAGGCGGACAUUCUCUCCAUGGGCGCGUGGUGCGGCUCUCCAGCGCCGGUGGGCUUGCUCCCGUACUCAGUCGCCACGCCCCUCCGUGCCGCGGCCCACGCUACGCGUGGCUGGGUGCCUGCGCUGCGCGCUUUGCACGAGGCGGCGGUGCAGCACCUCCCGCUGGUGCGUGUACUUCGGGGCGCGUUGUCGCCGACCUGGUGGGCCACCAGGCGCGCCAUCGUCCAGACAUGCGGCCUCGUGAUGGACCAGUUUCUCGCCCUUCCACAUCCGCGUCCUGAGCUUGACAAGGUGCCCGCCCCUGUGCCGGCGCCCCUCGUCGAGGUGGCUCGCCGUGCUACGAUCGCCGAGGAGCUGGCGGCCGCCCGAGCUGUUCCGCCCAGGAAGGCCAAGCGCCAGGCUGCGGCGAUGCGCACCAGGGGUGGCCUCUACGACGACCGCCUCGACCAGCUGAUCGGCCGCCGCCUGAGGCGCUGUGGCCUGGAGGCGCCCGCCGAGGAGCUCCGCGCGCGCUGGCUGGAGCUCCGCGCUGAACUGCGUGUGGCUCGCCCUUCGUGGCUAUGGUCGCGGCUGCACACCGUGGUCAACGGAUGGAUCACGUCGUGCCUCUCGCUCGUGCAUCAUGGGUUGCGACGCGAUGGGCGACCUGUCGCGCUACAUGGACUGCGUGAGGCUUCGCAGCGCUGUCGCUGCCCCUGCGGAGCCGAAUGA